UACGCAGUCACCACUUGGCAAUUAUCUCCGUCGUUGUCAGGUGGACAGUCGGUGGAUGAAGGCGCUGAAUCGUCGGACCACCGCCAGCAGCAGCAGCAGUAGCAGUGGCAGCCUUAGCCGCGGCAAGAUGUCCAUGACGGGACUCAAGCAUCCACUGCCGCCCAACUUCUUUGCUUAUCCUCAGACGACGCCGCAAGAGGAAUCGGCGUGGAUCGAAACCGGCCUGCGCGCGCUGACCACCCUUGUGCGCGACACGCAGAUGACGGGGGGACCGAUAGAAUGGACGCUGAACACGGAAUCGAACGGGCUGCAGAUCUACUGGGGUUCGGACAUUGGGAACACUGACCUGACGGUGUUUAUGAGUGUGGCCGAGAUCGAAGGCUCGCUGGACGAAGCGGCGGCGCUCCACGUCGCCGACACCCCCGAAACCUACCACGCGUACAUCUCCCGAUACAACAAGGACGUGAUUGACUGCGCUGUGCUCAAGACCCUCGCGCCUCCCACCGCAGAGCAUCCACACAAUUACAUUGGCUUGAAGUGGCUCACGCUGGAGACCCCCAUGGCAGUUCGCAAUCGCGAUUUUACCUUUGUGGAGUGUCGGGAUGAGUUUUCAAUCAAUGGAGUCCGAGGGUGGGCCCGCGUGAUGCACUCGGUGGAGCUGCCGUGGGUCCCCGAACUUCGCCAAGCUAUGGGCAUCGUCCGAGCAACGUACGAGAACUCUGGCGUCGUGUUCCAGCAAGUUGUUGGCAAACCCGGCUACCUCCGUGUAGCGCAGCUGUGGAAUACCAACCUCCGCGGCUUCAUCCCGACGUGGAUUCAGCGCAUCGGCAUUAAGCGCCGCGCGCGAUCUGUCCUCGCUUAUGAUGCAUACUUCAGGGCUAUACGUCUGGCGAACGAAGCUCUUCUCGAUGUCCACGAGCUGGUGCCGCCAUCCAGUCGGCGCAAGUGCUAUCUCUGCCAGCAUGUGUUUAAUGCACUCUCGAUACGGCAAAAUUGCCGCCGAUGUGGCGAGGUGGUGUGUCGCCAUUGCAAUAAAAAGUGGGAAAUCACCGAUACCCGGCAUAUCACACGGCUUGUUCGGGUGUGCUUCAAGUGCUCGGCGGGGCCGCCCAUGACCUUGGACGACUCGGAGGACGAAGGCGGCGCGUCCAUGCUGCAUCCGAAGUACGUGUCGGACAUGCGCUCCGAACCGGCGAGACGAACAGCGCGCAAGAGCCACGUCCACCAGCCUCAGCAGUCUCAUCAUCCACUUGACGCUCCAUCGGCUAGACUCCCCCUAAAGCAGCCCCAUCAGCCCUUGUAUCUCCCUCAAUACCAAGAACAACUACAGCAACAUUCCCAUCACUUUUCAAUGAAGGUGGAGCCCCCGACGUCGCCGCUUCGCCAGAUGCAGAAACAAUCGGCGUAUACUUCGAAAUCAACGACCUACAACUGCCACCAGAAUGCCCCUCCUCCGACCCAACAAGGACUUCACAACCACUACAACCCGUGGGACGACGUACCAUCGAGUCGAGAUUUGCCAGUGUUUCUAAACGACCCCCAUAACCAUCAACAUCACCAGCCCAUGUAUCACCAGUAUACGAGUACCCCCCAGUUUAAGAAUUGGAUGGACCCAGGAUUGGUGGCUGGAGGCCCUUAUGGGCAACGACCAAUCACGGACGACCAACGAAGCGCCGACAACAACUCGACCGUGUCCAAAGCCCAACUCAUCGACUUGUACAGACAACUCAAGCACAUGAAACUGGAAGGAGUCCCCACGCCCGUGUCGCACGCUGCUUGAUGGAAAAGCUCGUGUGUGUGUGUAUGUAGUACUAGUAAUCAGCUUACUACAUACUAUUAUAUUUCAAACCAAUAAUGAAGAACGCCGCCGCCCUGAUUCUCCAAC